GCUGCGUUAGCUCUCUGUGCGGAUUCGGAUUAGCAGCGGGAUUAUGGUGUAGUUGUUGCGUCGAUAAAGGUGUCAGUCAUAAUUAGGAAACAAUGUCUUCGGUUGAGUAUUUGAGAGAGUUUGUCAACGAGCGACUAACUGCUGCUGCUGAAGAAAUAUUCGGAGUUUUUAAAAGAACCAUCGUCGAGUACGAAGAAGAGCUCGAGCGUCAGCGCAGACUGCUGGACAGCGUUUGGAAACCAGAAAAUGAGAUUUACAGGAAAGAGCUCCCACAGCAACAUGUCUGUAAGGAGGAGGAGGAGGACGAGUUUCCUGCUGACCAGCAGCCCUGUAUUCAGGAGAGCUCCGGUCUGGACCAGGAGGAGCCAGAGCCUCUACAGAUUAAACAGGAGCAGGAGGAGCUCUGCAGCAGUCAGCAGGGGGAGCAGCUUGAGGACACUGAAGGCUUUAUGUUGACUGUAAGUUACGAGGAAGGUGACCACAGAGAAGAUCAGACUCUGGACUUCAACUCUGAAGACACUUUAAGUGCAUCAGAGACAGAGUCUGUAGACAACAUACCAGUUAUAACCUACGUGAUACCAGAAGCAAAUAGUGACCACCAGCUCCGCCCCCACAACUCUCAAGUUGCUGAGAGACAAGCUCAGAAAGGAGGCGAGCGUGGAGACUCAGGAUCAACCGGAAACGCAGAGCUGCAUUCAAAGGAAAGUGAUCAUGCAAGCAAUAGUCAAACUAACAAUGUAUACGCCUCUACCACAUCAAAUAUGCACCACAAUACUCGCACAGGUGAAAAGUCUUUCAAAUGUGAGACUUGUGGGAAAGUUUUCAAGGUCAGGUCCCGAUUACAAAAACACACGAGAAUCCACACGGGCGAGAAGCCGUACCUUUGCACUACCUGCGGAAAAAAAUUCAGCUACAAAUCAGUAUUGAAAAAGCAUAUUAGAAUCCACACAGGUGAGAAGCCGUGCCUUUGCACUAUAUGCGGGAAGAGACUCUGUAACAUGACUUCAUUGACGAGGCAUAUCAGAACCCACACAGGUGAGAAGCCGUAUGCUUGUAAAAUAUGUGGAGCAGCUUACAGAGUCAAUGAUGACCUGAAAGUCCAUAUGAGGAUUCACACGGGUGAUAAACCGUACCUUUGCAGUACUUGCGGGAAAAGAUUCAAUAACAUAUCAGCUCUGAAAAACCACGUUAGAAUCCACACAGGGGAGAAGCCAUUCAUUUGCAUGUGCGGGAAAGCUUUUAGACAAAAAGGUACCCUGAUGUUUCACAUGAAACUCCACAGCGGUGAGAAGUCAUAACUUUGCAAAACCUGCAGGAAAAAAAAAGACACAAGAUGUGUCUCAAUUGUAAAGGCAUAUAAAAUCUUACACAGACAAGUGUCCUUGUGUUUUAAAUCAUGUGGGAGAUGAUUAAAGUUCUGGUUCAUAUUCAAAACUAGGGUUUCAGCGAUAUACAAGGUAUACCGCGGUAUUAAAGUUAUUGUAUUGUGUACAUUUACCUAUCUACAGUACUGAAGAAAAUGCAGUCAGAGUAAUAAUCUCUCCUGUGUAUAAGCAUCUCCUUUUCCCUUUAUCUAACUUUUUGCAAAUCCUGGUAAAACUAUCCUGAUCACGUGAGCUCAACAUUCAGUUUCUCUCCGUCUCAGUCGUGGCCCUUUUUCCCAUGAAAGCUGCUCAGUAGCACAUGAAGCAAAACUGCAAUAUUUCUUCCUUAUGAAAGUACUUAGAUUUUCCUCAUUACUGGGCCCAUAUGGCAUGUGCACAAGCCACUUGGGUGGCCGAGUGUGCCCAAGCGGCUAACUUCCACUCGGGGAGAGUCUUAAUUUUGGGUUUAGUGGUUCACUUGCUUGAAUGGUAGUCAAAAAAUUUAAUCUUGUGGCUCUUUUAAAUUUUCAAAAAGUUAUUGAACUGGAAGGCUUAAAUCUAGAUUGUGAAAUGAGUCGUUUCGUGGGGGUUUUGAAGGUCACAAAAAUAAUCCACUGAUUUCCAGACAUCUCUUUCCCAAUGUAAGUCAAAGGGAAAAAGUGUUUUUGGGCCCCAUAGCAUCAUGUGACGGACCUGGAGGGUGUAAUUCCACUUUUGGCCUUUAAACUACCAUAAAAUUAACAUCAGAGCCUUCAGUCUGCUGCCAAAAACUAUUUCAUCGGGAGGGAGUUACUCGCUUUGUCAGACAAACUCCUUCAGCCAAUCCUGAUGUUCAGCAUUUGCUGAUGGUCUUAAUAGGCUGCUUUUUUACACACACCACCCUUGAAAAUUUUUCCCCAAUUAUCAUAAAGUGUUUUUUCAACCCCAAAAAACUGUCUGUGUAACUGAUUAUAGUAAUAAUACUUAUUGUCUAAUACUAUAUACCGUGAUACUGUAAAACUGUGGUGUUUUCUGAGAGGAUUAUUAUACCGGGAAAAUCUCACACCGUUGCAGCCCACUUCAGAACACGCAACAACUCAGAGAAGUGAGGCGUCAUAUAACUGAAACACUUUUAGGAAAAGUUUAACUCAAAUGGCAUACUCGUAGAAACGCCUAUAAACACCGGAGAAACCAUCGAGCUGAAAAACCUGUGGAGACGUUCCACCAAGAGGUCACAAUAUGUGAAAGUAAAACAUUUAGUUAAAGUUGCCGUCAGUUUUUGUUGAACUGACCCUUAUUUCUACUCCUUUGUGUGUUGGCAACAUUAUUUCUUUGCAGUGUUUGUAUAAUCUAAAUUUAUGGGAAAAUGUUUGUUGUGUGGUGAAUACAUAUUUUCUAAAAAUGUUGGACCAGGUUAGAUUAUUUAAAAUAAAUAUUUAUCAAGUUUUAUACACCAACUCAGUUAUGAGUGGAUUGUGAACUCUGAGGUUGAGGCUAAGAAACCCACUCUCUGCUGGUGUUUACUCAUUUAUAUAUUCAUCCUGACAAAUAGUCUUUUCUUUUAUGUCUGCAGCCUGUCAUUUAAUUUUAUAUUUUUAAUGCAUUUUGUGAUUGAAUCAAGGUGAUAUAAUUCUUUUCGUUUUGGAUUUUAGAGUUGAGACACAAACACAAAUUGUAGAUGUGCUAUGUUUAGGGGGUGCAUGAUAUUGGAUUUUUUGCCGAUGUCUGAUAUGCAGAUAUAUACUGUAAAUACUAAUUUGGCUUAUAACCAAUACCAAUAUCUAUAUAUCCACUUUUUUUCCCACCCAAUUUAUUUGAUUACAAAGUUUCUUCUGUAGUGGAAAUUAACAUGUUAUGCAUACUCUUAAGCUUUUUAAUGUAUGUAAUAUUCAUUCAAUAUGCAAAAUAAGAAAAAUACUUUAACUUAGGGUG